GACGUUUGUGCGCUCGGGUCAGGGUGUUUGUAUGGCUGAUUGAGUGGGCAGUAGACGUGGACGUGUCACCAUGGCUCUGGGUGCGAUGUGGAGCCGCGUUAAAAAUGUGUGCCAACAGAACGGCCUCUUGAUCUUGUCAGUGUUGGCCGUGGUUAUCGGAUGCCUGCUGGGCUUCUUUCUGCGCUCCAAACACCUCUCUGAACAGGAGGUGAAGUACUUCCAGUUCCCAGGAGAGUUGCUGAUGCGGAUGCUGAAGAUGCUCAUCCUGCCUCUAGUAGUUUCCAGUUUGAUGUCUGGUUUGGCAGCACUGGAUGCUAAGUGCUCCAGUCGACUGGGCAUCAUGACAAUCUCUUAUUAUCUGUGGACGACUUUUGUGGCUGUGGUGGUGGGCAUUGUCAUGGUCAUCAUCAUCCACCCGGGUGGAGCUGCCCAGAAGGAGGAUUCGGAGGACAGCGGGAAGCCCAUCAUGAGCUCAGCUGAUGCUCUGCUGGACCUUAUCCGCAACAUGUUCCCAGCCAACUUGGUCCAAGCUACUUUUCAGCAAUAUCGCACAAGGAGCAUCCCUAUCAUGAAGCCCAAACCAGCCAUUGGUCAGGACGUACUAGACGCCACCACCAGACGGGUCUUCAUUUAUGGGAUCCAGGAUGACAACGGCACAGAUAUCCAGAACUUCUCCCUGGACCUGACGCCACCUCCGGAUGUGGUCUUCAGGACGCUUCCUGGCACCAGUGAAGGCAUGAACGUCCUCGGCAUCGUGAUCUUCUCAGCUACUAUGGGAAUCAUGCUUGGAAGAAUGGGACCAAAUGGCAGCGCUCUCGUCAACUUCUGCCAGAGUCUCAAUGAAGCCGUGCUGAAAAUUGUGGCCAUUGUUAUAUGGUACUUCCCAUUUGGGAUUGUGUUUCUGGUGGCGGGAAAGAUCUUGGAAAUGGACGACCCCUCAGCUAUGGGGAAGAAACUGGGCUUCUAUGCCAUCACUGUGGUCAUGGGGCUGGUGCUUCACGGCCUGUUCAUCCUGCCUUCCAUGUAUUUCUUCAUUACGAAAAAGAGCCCCAUCGUCUACAUCCGAGGGAUUUUACAGGCCCUGCUCAUCUCAUUAGCUACUUCAUCCAGCUCUGCCACGCUGCCUAUCACCUUUAAGUGCCUCCUGGAGAACAACCACAUUGACCGCCGCAUCAUUCGCUUCGUACUUCCUGUUGGUGCCACUAUCAACAUGGACGGCACUGCCCUAUAUGAGGCCGUGGCAGCCAUUUUUAUCGCUCAAGUCAACAACUACGAGCUGGACUUUGGACAGAUCAUCACCAUCAGCAUCACAGCUACAGCAGCCAGUAUCGGAGCUGCUGGCAUUCCACAAGCUGGCCUGGUAACCAUGGUGAUAGUGUUAACCUCAGUGGGACUUCCUACAGAUGACAUCACUCUUAUUAUCGCUGUGGAUUGGGCCCUGGAUCGGUUCAGGACGAUGGUGAACGUGAUGGGUGAUGCUCUGGCCACAGGAAUCAUGGCACACAUAUGCAGAAAAGACUUCGUGAAGGAGGGCGAGGAGAUUCCUCUCAUCUGUGAGACCAAGCCCAUGAUCAGCAUCCAGCAGAUGAUGUCCUAUCAGAAAAACGGCAGCUUCCAGCCCCCUCCGCCGGGCCCCAUGAGGAAACCUGAGCACCUGUCUCCUGACGUGGCCCGUCUCAUGCAGCUGGAGGAGGGCAUCAGGCCCCCCGACAAGAACAAGUCCCCUCACCUGUCUCCACACCAUUACAAACGAGACCAUAAAGACAAAGACCACUGUACCAUAGACAUGAACGGUCUGGAAACCAAUGUCUAGACUCCUUCACAGACCAGAACUGAGCUGCAAGAUGCCAGCCGUUCUCCUUCUCUACCUUUGGAUUUGUGUGUGAAUGUCUUUUAGGGAAUUUCACGACGGGAAGCUGAAGCGAUCGGGGGCCGUGAAUCUUUGGACCUGCUGAGGGGAUUCGCUGAACGCUGUUAACCCCGGAGGCUGAGCUCCUGGCCGAAGUGUGUGGAGUAAGAUCGGUGUACAUAUGAGUGCUACUAUCAUUGUCCUUUCUCUGUGAUCCACAGGAGAGAAGAACAACACUCUUCAUGGACAGCUUGUCUGAGGAAUGUGGAUAUGUGUUGUUUUUUUAUGCUGCUGAGAUCUUUUUUUCAUCUUCAGAAAGGUUCUUUUCAAAGCUUUCUCUGUUUAAUUCUGCUCUUUCAGUAAAAGAGGGAGGAAAAAACUGUCCCCUGAAGAAGAUUUAACCACCAGUGAUCACAUUCAGUGGCCCCAAGAAGUUUUUGGACACUUGGGCCCGGUUUCAUAGACAGGGCUUAGCCUAAGCCAGGAU